AUGGCGGAGCCCUCGGACUCUGCAAGUGUGGCAGAAACGGCAUUUGAGCUGUUUGGAGGGCACAGUUUCGAUGCAGACAAUUUAUCAGUUGGAGAUGUUGUUUUUCCUGAAACUGCCAAAUCUGGUUCUAUUCCAACAACUUUUGGGCGAAAUGUUUUCGACAAUCUGGACUUUGCAAGAGCCGUGGAUUCUUGUUUUAAAGCCUUGGAGUCAAAACCUGUGAUGCUGCCUUGGGAGACACGUGCUUGGAGACCCAUUUUUCAACAAAAUUUUGAUUUCAUGGAAGACUUCAGCAUGGGCAGCAUCUAUCGUCCAAUUUUGCCGGGACCUGUGGCGGAGCACUCAGUUCAAAAGAAGGUUAAACUGUCACCUCCAGCUGUGUUGACAUCAAAUUUUUCACGUGCAGUUGUGAAACAUCCUGAAGAGACUUGGAUGGACAAAAGGGACUCUGAGUUGCAGACAGGGUUGAAACGUUGGCUCACAUGCAUCAUCUCUUGGGACCCCAUGGAGAAGGUGGUACAGGAACUACGUGGGUGUUCAACCAUUGCUGAUGGUUUGUCAUUGCUUCGGGACUACAUGGGUACCAAAGCACCUGCAACGUUGUACAAGCGAGUCAACAGUUUGGGAAUCCUUUUUCAACAUAUCAAGCUUCAUGAGUUUCCAUGUUCUGAAUUGCAACUGUACCAGGCAUUGUGCGACCUUCGAAGGGCUGGUUGCAAACCAAGUCGCAUCAAGGGCAUCGUCGAAGCCGUCACUUUUUGCAGAUUUGUUUUUGACAUUUCAAAGCUUCAAGAAUGUGUGAGCAGUAGGAGAUGUCUAGGAGUUGCCAGAGGUUUACCGUCAGACUCACCUUGUCAAGCUGCUCCAUUAACUGUCGUGCAAUUGACAGAGCUUCACAGAUUGGUGCGGGAAUCAGCCGACGUCUGGGACCGAGUUUUUGCAGGGGCUGUGUUAUUCUGCGUAUACUCACGCAGUCGUUGGAUGGACUUUCAACAUGGUUCGGAACUCAAGUUGGAAUUAGUCGGUGAUGACAUUAGGUACAUAUCCUGCAAAGUUUCAACUCACAAAGCCAUGCAUGCUUCUGCUUUUCGUUUUCGGUUUUUGGAGUUGUGCGCACCUGCACAUGGCGUUGUCGAUUCUGACUGGAUCGGGUGUUGGAUGGAUGCCAGGGCAUCAGUAGGGAUACAGGAGGUACAUCCCCCUAUGCCCGCGCCUUCAGUGGAGGGAAAACCAACAGUGCGACCUCUUGGAACAGAUGAGUGCGGCUCUUGGUUGAGACUCCUUUUACAGUUGAACCCGGUUGCAUCGCAGAAUGAAGUUAGGAUCACAUCACAUUCAUGCAAGUGUACCAUCCUUAGCUAUGCAGCAAAGCGUGGACUCCCACAUGAAGAGCGUUUGGUGUUAGGACACCAUGCUCAUCAGGGACGCAUGGCUGAUGUGUACGCACGAGAUGCAGAAGCUAGGCCCAUGCGCAUGAUGGAAGAGCUUUGGACGAGAUCAGGAAUAAAAGGUUCUUUCCAGAUGAGUGAGCUUGAACAGGUGAAACAGCAGUCAGAUGAGGCAGGUUUGAAGACGUUCAGUGGUUUGGCCUUUGCUUGUGGGACGCCGCAGUCCCAACCUGAUGAUGCAGCCUUCGGAGCUUUUGCUGCAGGUGAUAAGCAAAUUCAACAAGAGCAACUAGAAAGCCCUCGCCAACAGGAUGAGGGCUUGUGCGAAACUGCAGAGCAAGGUCCACAGGGCUUAUCACCUUUUUUGGACCUCACGAAAGAUAAGGAUUUACACUUUUUUCUGGACUUCUUGGAAGCUGAACUCAAUGUGCUGGUGUAUAUUCACUUGGCGCCGCCCGGCGGCACAGCUUCAGCAUCUCAAAAAGUGGGUGAGAUUCGUUCAAUAGGGAUUCCAAGGGAACCGGAAGAUUUCGUAGCUCGUGCAGCAGCUACAGGCCACCAAAGGAACUUGUUUGCAGAAGAUUGGUCAGCACGCGAUUCUUUCGUGCUGGAGUACGCCUCUAUCCGGAAAUGGCUCAAAAGAGCAAGUGAGUUGGCCAGCAAGGAGAGAGACUUGCACGACUCUUUGGACCCUUUGGACCCAGAAGUAGCACGGGUCCUCAAGGGCAAGAAGCUUCUGGCGCUUGAGGAGAUCCUGAAUGACAUUGGUUUUCCUGAUCGACACCUGGUAGAGAAAGGGUGGUUGGUCGAGGACGAAAAUCCAGACCUGGAUAUGCCUGUGGUUGUCAGGCGUUUUGGCCUGACGCAGAAAUCUAAGGUACGAGUCAUCGAUGAUUUCAAGCAAUGUGGAGUCAAUGGUUCAACGGGUCUCCAUGAAAAAUACGUGCUGUACUCCAUGGACGCCAUUGCGGCCACUUUGGUCCGAGCGUUAUCAGUGGGGCGGCCUGAGGGCGAAACUUUGGGUGGCACAACUUUUUAUUUGGUGGCAGCCUAUCAGCAAUAUGCAAUCCACCCCAAGGAACGUGAAGGAGUCCGCAUUUAUGUGAAGGGUGUAGAACAAGGCGUGGCCAAAGUGUACAAGAUCAGUGCGCUCCCCUUCGGAGCUUUGAGAUGUGCAGCUGGCUUCCUUCUCAUAUCGACAGCCUUCGCCUGCUUUGGACAGGUAUGCCUGGGAUUUUGGUGGUCGAUUUUCUUCGGCAACUUUCCUACCUUGACCACCGCCUCGAUUGCGGCCCAAUGCAAAGCUCAGGUGCACUGGUUGUUGUAUCUCUUAGGCAUUGACUUCACCCGAGAUGGAGACAAAGCAGGUGCCUUCGAGGAAACCUUCAAGGCAUUGGGUUUACUCAUUGACUUGACUAAUUUCUCAGCCGGAAAAGUUCAAAUCGGACAUACCGACAGCCGUAAGCAGGAGCUGUUGGACCUGAUAGCAUCACCCCUUGGACAAAAUUGUUUGAAACCAAAGGAUGCGGAAAAGCUCGGAGGUCGUCUGCGGUGGUAUGACACCUUUCAGUUUGGGAGGUUUGCAAACUAUUCCAUGAGGGUGAUCGGCAGGAGAGCGACCUCUUGCUCUUUGGAUGGUAGCUUAGACCUGCAACUCUGUCUAGCCUUGCAGUUUCUCAAAGAGCAUGUGUCCGUUACCAAACCAGAGGAGCUGACCAAGUCAGCCGGGCAAACCUAUUACAUUUUCACCGAUGGUGCGAUUGAAUCCACGGCAGAUGGGUCGCAAAUCGUGGCCUCUGUUGGGGGCAUCUUAUGCAACAUCAAUGGCGAGGCCGAAGCCUUCUUCAGCGAGCGGGUCCCACAGCUGAUUUUGGACCUGUUCCUCCAGCGUUCCAGCCACCCUAUUUUCGAGGUUGAACUUCUGGCAGCGCGGGUUGCUGCACAUGUAUGGGCCCCGGCCAUCGCUAAGUCCUACGUGGUGUUUUACGUAGACAACGAAGCCGCAAGGUUUGGUUUGGAAGAGUGCCUUCGUAUUCAAACCCUGCUGUCAAACCCAGUCGUUCGAAAUCCAGCAACUGUUGGACGUUGGUUCCGCUUUGGUUAA